GUAAAACUGGAAUAAAAUGAUUGGCUACAUCCAACAGGAUUUCAGCAAAGAGCGCCUGAAAGUAGAUUUCAUAACCUUGAACUUUGCAGUUGCAAAAUCGAUGGAUUCAAAACCUAACCUAUCAUAGUAACCGAAUUACAAAUUUUUUUCUCGUUCGAAUCAAGCAGGUAGUUUUCAGAAUUAGAAAAUUAAAUAUUUAAUUUGACAACUAGCAAUUUAAAAAUAGCGCCAAGUUCAUCUCAUCGAUACAACACGCUGCGUAAAUUUAGCACACAUUUGUCGCGCGUGUACGGGUUUUACUCGCACCGUUUUCCUUGGAAAAACUCUUUAAAAAAUAUGCAAUAUGUAUUAUUGUCGAGUGGUUGUGAAAUGCCCAUUGUGGGCCUUGGAACGUGGAAAACUGAACCACAAGAAAUUGAAGAAGCUGUUCAAUUAGCUCUGGAAAACGGAUACAGACAUAUUGAUACGGCUUACAAUUACAACACAGAAGAAGCAGUUGGGACUGUAGUUAAUAAAUGGAUUAAACAAGAUAAAUUAAAACGAGAAGAUGUUUUUAUCACAACUAAAUUACCGGUAUUUGGAAAUCGACCAGGGGACGUUGAGAAAUACAUAAAAUUAUCACUUCAACGAUUGAAUCUCAGUUAUAUAGAUUUAUAUCUUAUUCACAUGCCCUUCAGUUUUCAUAGUAACGAUCAAAUGAAUGCUCCUCUUAUAAAUGAAGAUGGGUCACCAAGAUUGGAUGUUGAAAGUGACAUAAUUGAAACAUGGAAGGAAAUGGAAAAACAGGUUGAGGCAGGAUUAACCAAAACCAUAGGAUUGUCAAAUUUCAACAUAGAUCAAGUUAAAAGGAUACACAGCAAUGCAAAAAUUAAGCCUGCAGUUUUGCAAGUAGAAUUACAUUUAUAUUUGCAGCAAAAGAAGCUCAGAGAGGCCUGCAAAAAGCUUGACGUGGCAGUGACUGCUUAUGCACCUCUAGGAAGUCCAGGAGCUAAUGCACAUUUUAUGGCAAAAUAUAAUUACACAUUGGAAGAUUUUCCAGACAUCUUGGGCCUACCUGUAGUUAACGAACUGGCUGAAAAGUACAAAAAAACUCCUGGACAAAUUCUCCUGAAACACCUUAUCCAACAAGACGUUUCGGUCAUACCAAAAAGUAAGAAUCCCGAAAGGAUUCAAGCAAACAUAGAACUCUUUGAUUUUGAAUUAACCAAUGACGAUUUGGAGCGUCUAAAUGAAAUUGAUAAAGAAGAAAAGGGUAGAAUAUUUAAUUUCUUGUUCUUCAAAGGGGUGGAAAAACAUCCUGAGUAUCCGUUUAAAUAACUAAGGAUAAUCACUGCCUAAUUGCCAUUUGUACAAUCAAGAAUUAAAUAAAACAACAGAUUACACCAAAUGCGAAAACCUAACAAAAUAUGUAUGUGGCCUUGAAACUUUAAAUGGAUAAUGACGCAUGUCUUGUUAAUUUUAAUUGUUUUCAAUUAUUUUUAUUAAAUUAUUGUUCCCUUGUAAA